AUGGAUCAAUUACUGUCGGUCUUGAGCCUUCUUGUCUUCGCCGCUCCUGCCACUGCCCAGAGCAACGGGACAGCUACUAUCUCUUAUGUCUUGCCUUCAGGCUACAGUACCUCAAGCUUCAACGCCUCCGCACAGCCCACAGCCUAUACCCGCACUGAUUUCGGACCCAAUGCACUCGCCUCGCUCUGGGACAUGGUGGGGCCUAUCGCUACAGGACCCAUCACGACUACCGUUGAACCAACAGCAGAGCCAACCGCAUAUCCGCAGCCAGAUCCUCAAUACUAUCACGCUCUUGUAGGAAGCGGAUAUCCCGAAGUACAGGGCUUGAAGCUCCCCGAGAACUUCCAAUGGGGCUUUAGUUCUUCCGCGUAUCAGAUCGAAGGCGCGGUUAAGGAUGAAGGCAGAGGACCCAGUAUUUGGGAUUUGUUGGCACACCGGGUUCCUAAUUACGUGGCCGACAAUACGACUGGCGAUAUCGUGGAUCAGCAUUACUAUCUUUAUAAGCAGGAUUUCGCCAGACUAGCAAGUCUAGGAGUCAAAGCCUUCAGCCCUAGCUUUUCAUGGCCGCGCUUCUUCCCCUUUGGACAUGGUCCGGUUAAUGAAGAGGCCAUUGCGCACUACGACGACGUGAUCAGAACCAUGCACGAGAAUGGCAUUCAUCCAGCGGUAACGCUCUUCCACUGGGACACUCCUCUCGCCAUAUUCAACGAGUACGGUGCCUGGACUGACCGCCGCGUCGUGGAUGACUUCUUCAACUACGCCAAGUUCGUCAUUACACGGUAUGAUGCCUACGUUGACGAGUGGUUUACGAUCAAUGAGCCCCAAUACUGCAAUUGGCAAUACGCCGGGUAUCCGGCAGGUGAAUACUACCCAGCGCCAAAUGGCGUCACAGGCGGCAAUGAAGCCCGCUUUCUUUGUGGCCACCAUACACUGCUAGCGCACGCAAAGGUGUCCAAAUGGUACCAUGAAGAAUUCAAAGGACGCGGCCGCAUGACCUUCAAGAACAGCGGUAACUACUACGAGGCCAACAGCACAAAACCAGAAGACGAAGUUGCACGCCAGCGGAACUUUGACUUUAGCAUCGGCUGGUUCGGUGGACCAUGGACUGACGGUGACUACCCGCAAUCGCUCAAAGACACACUUGGCGACCUCUUGCCCGAGUUCACACAAGAGGAAAAGGACAUGAUCAAAGGAUCGUGCGACUUCUACGCCAUCGAUCCCUACUCCAGCUUCUUAGCUUUUGAGGUUGAUGGCGGGCUGGAGUCGUGCACGAGCAACCGGUCACAUCCCUCUUUCCCUGACUGUGCUGGUUCAGCAAGUGUGGCUCCUAAUGGCUUCCCUAUCGGUCCUGCCGCCGACCCGGCCAUGUCGUGGUUCUACUCUGCACCUGCCGGCGUGCGCCGCUACCUCAAGCACAUUACUCAGGUCCUCUUCCCAUCGAUCCCGGACAUUGUUGUGAGCGAAUUCGGGUUUGCAGAGCCUUUCGAAGGGCAAUGGGAAAACCUGAAUUCUGCGCUUUGGGAUUUGAAGAGAGCGGACUACUUCCAGCAAUAUCUAGACAACAUUUUGCUGGCGAUUCAUGUGGACGGCGUCAAUGUGACUGGAGCAUGGGGGUGGUCCAUUCUAGACAACUUCGAGUGGGCGCUUGGUACAUCGGUCCGGUUCGGAGUGCAGUACGUGAACUACACGAGUCUUGAGAGGACACCCAAGGCGACGUUCGUCCUGGCAGACGAAAUCGCCCCAAACCCUCCCUCCCCAGCCGCCUCCGACCACCCAUCCACCCCGACGUCCCCCGCUUCUUCUUCCCCAGUCAUCUCUGCCCCCUCCAACCAGCCCGCACCCGCCGCCCGAGCCUCCAACCACGCACCCGCUGCCGCUAUCCUGUCAUCCGACCAGACUACAGCCGGAAAGCGCAGGCACAGCUUCUCUGCGAGCGACGACGCCGAAGACGAGCCCCUCACCAGCGGCACCCGGGGCAGCUUAUCCCGCCACAUCUCGAAGCGCAGGCGCAGACAGGAAGGGAAGAUGCGCCUUGAUAACGACACCUCCAAAUCCUCACAAUCGCCCUCGCGCAACUUCGCAAACGGAUCGUCACAGUCGUCGGGGCACAGGUCGCCCCUGGCCAAGGGCGCGAAUGGAAGCACACACGGGAGGAACGAGAGCAAUGGCUCCUAUACGAAUGGAGGUCCGGUAGCGAACGGGGGAUCAGUGCCUGCAACUUUCUUUGGCCAUGACAGGGAAGAAGUGACGCGGAUACUGGUACAGAGUCUGACCGACUUGGGCUACCACAGUGCUGCGGGCGCACUAUGCAAGGAGAGCGGCUUCCAGCUCGAAGGGCCCACAGUUGCGGCAUUCCGAACUUCGGUACUGAACGGUGAUUGGGAGGAAGCCGAAGAGCUGCUGUUUGGGUCAAAUACACACCACACCGGUGGUGGUGUUGGUCUAGACGCUCCCUACGGAAGGCCCUGGGGAAAGUCGACAUCUCAGCCCAGCUCGCAGCGUUCUACAGGCUUGACUCUAGCCGAGGGCGCAAACCGCGAGGUGAUGCUAUUCUGUCUGAAGCAGCAAAAGUACCUCGAGUUGCUUGAACGGAGAGAUCUGAGCAAGGCACUUGCGGUACUUCGGCAAGAGUUGACGCCGCUUCAUCGCGAUGUGGGAAGGUUACACGCGCUUUCGGCGCUUAUGAUGUGCCAAUCUGCCGAAGACCUCAGAAAUCAAGCUCAAUGGGACGGCGCUCGCGGUGACUCACGGAUGCAUCUGCUUUCUGAUCUUUCCAAAUCAAUUUCGCCGAGCAUUAUGAUCCCGGAACACAGGUUAGCAGUACUGCUAGAUGAAGUAAAAGAUAGCUGGAUCGCAAAUUGCCUAUACCACAACACCGCCGCGUCACCGUCUCUCUAUCUCGACCACAACUGCGAGAGGGAUGACUUCCCAACAAAGGCUGUUCUUGAUUUGAAACACCACACGGGUGAGGUUUGGUACUUGCAGUACUCAAACGACGGCACAAAACUUGCAUCUGCAGGCGAGGACCAGACAAUCAUCAUCUACGAAACCAACACAUACAAGGUGUUACAUCGACUCGCAGAACACAGGAAAUCUGGCGUCGCCCAUCUUGCUUGGAGCCCUGAUGACACAAAGAUAAUAACAUGUUGCUCGCAACCAGAAAAUUCGGCACGGAUAUGGGAUGUCAAGACCGGGGUAUGCAUACAAUGUAUCAACGACUUCACCUACCCAUGUACCACGGCGGCUUGGGAUCCAUCCGGUACACGGAUUAUUCUUGGAUCACAGGACGACAACAUGGGCUGUAGUGUUUGGGACCUCGACGGGAACCUCAAGCACAACUUCGCCGAUGAUGGGAAACUCCGUGUAAACGGUCUCGCAUUGUCAUCCGAUGGCCAGCGAUUAGUUGUCAUUACAGAGAGCGCGAUUGUCGUGUUCGAUUAUGCCACUUAUGAGAGGAUUGCCGAGUUUCAGCUUGAUGGUACAAAGUUGACGAGUGUUACGAUCAGCCAGGAUUCACGGCAUAUGCUCGUUAGCAUAAGCCCGGAUCAGAUCAAGCUCAUGGAAAUCGACACUGGGGAUGUAAUACAACGCUUCGAGGCACAUGCUCAAAAGCAGUUCAUGAUUCGAUCAGCGUUUGGCGGCGCCGAUGAGAACUUUGUAGUCAGCGGCAGCGAGGAUUCACGAAUAUACAUAUGGCGCUCCAAUGGCCUCCUUAUCGAAGCUCUCGACGCACACUCCAACGGCUGCGCCAAUAGCGUAGCCUGGCACCCCAAGGAUCCCACUACAUUCGCUUCUGCUGGCGAUGACAAACGAAUCAGGAUCUGGAAACCAGCUUCCGCGUCACCAAUGCCAUCAAGUAGCAGUAACGGUUAUGCAAGGUAG